AUGCUCUCCAAAGGAGUGGGCCGGAGGCAAAUCCCCUCCCUGUCCUUCUUGCUUCCUGCCCCAGGCCCCGAGCUGAGGACGGAGAGCCCGGAGGACAAAUCCCCCCGUGAGACCCUGGUGGGAGAGGCCGUUUUGAAGGGCUCCCCGGCGCAGGAAGGCAGCGGGGAGGAAAAGGGCCGGAGAUCCCCCCGCAGGAGGGGCUCCAAAGCCAUCCCAGGGUGCUCUGAGGAGGAAAGAGCCAGCCUGUGCCAGGAAGGCGACCAGAGCUUGAGCCAGAGCUCCAACCUGGUGGUCCCUGAGCAGCCUCCCAGCAGGGAGAAGCCCUUCAGGUGCUGGGAAUGUGGGAAGAGCUUCAGUCAGAGCUUCAGCCUGCUCCGCCACCAGCAAAUCCACACUGGGGCACGUCCCUACACAUGUGGAGAAUGUGGAAAGAGCUUCAGCCAGAGCUACCACCUCCGCACCCACCAGCUCAUCCACACUGGGGAACGGCCCUACAAGUGUGAGGAAUGUGGGAAGAGCUUCAGCCGGAGCUUUCACCUUCGUUCCCACCAGCACAUCCACACUGGAGAAUGUCCUUACACGUGUAGGGAAUGUGGGAAGAGCUUCAGUGACAGCUCCACCCUCCGCAAACACCAUCGCAUCCACACUGGGGAACGGCCCUACAAGUGCUUGGAUUGUGGGAAGAGGUUUCCAACCAGGGGGAAUCUCUACACGCAUGAGGGGACGCACACGGAUGAGAGGCCCUUCUGCUGCACCGACUGUGGGAAAUGGUUCAAGGAGAAAUCCCAUCUUGUCACCCACCGGCGCAUCCACACCGGGGAGAGGCCCUACAAGUGUGGGGAGUGUGGGAAGAGAUUCACCCAGAUCGGUGUCUUGACCAAACACCAACGGACCCACCAGUAAGAGAAGCCCUACCAGUGCCCUGACUGCGGGAAGAGCUUCGGCUGCUGCUU